UUCCAGAAAUGAUUGAAGAUGAAAUAGUUGGCAGUAUAAGUUUUGUGGAAAGAUUCAGUACACGUUAUGGUGCGAUACAUCCUCAGUUUUAUCAGGGAACGCUCGAGGAUGCACUUAAGGAAGCUUGUCAAAGACCAGCUAAAGACAAAAAAAUCCUGGGUAUUUACUUACAUCACGAUUCGAGCGUACUUUCAAACGUAUUUUGCACUCAACUUUUGGGAGUUGAAAGCGUGAUGCAAGUGAUUGAGAGAAACUUCGUUUUCUGGGGUUGGGACUUAACGUUUGAAAGCAAUCGCACAAGGUUACAGAAUUCCGUUAGUAAUUGUAUGGGGGCUACAGCUGCAAUGUCUUUGAGAGACAUCCCUGUCGAUAAGUUACCCGCUAUUAUUAUUAUUAUGAAAGUUAGAUCAUCAACAGAUAUUUACAGUGUUAUUUAUGGUAAUGUGGGUAUAAACGAAUUACUUUCAAGUUUAAUUGAAGCUGUUGAUGUCUUCACUGAUCAACAAAGGGUUGAAGUAAAAGAAGAACAAGAAAGAGCUGAGAGGGAACUUGUUAAAUGGGAACAAGAUAUGGCUUAUAGGGAAAGUUUGGAAGCGGAUCGAGCGAAGGAAGAAGCUAAACGUUUAAUAGCAGAAGCAGAGGCAAAAGAAAAAUUACGCGUUGAAACUGAACGUUCGGAAAAGUUGGCCCAAAAAGAAGCAUAUCGUCGUGAAGUGGAAGCAAGUUUACCGCCGGAACCUUCAGCAGAACAAGGUGAUAGUAUAACGCAAAUCCGAUUUCGACUGCCAAAUGGUAAAAAUUUAGAAAGAAGGUUCCUGGCAAACACGCAGUUGAAAGUUCUUUUGGAUUACUUAACGGUACAAGGAUACCCAAAUAACGAGUAUAAAGUGAUUUCUAGCUGGCCUAGACGAGACUUGACUACCCUGGAUAACACAAAGACAUUGCAGGACUUGAAAUUAUGUCCGAAAGAAACUGUGAUAUUAGAGGAACGAUAAUCCGCACAUUCCCCUGAAUUUUCUGUCGUCCUGUUUCCCCCCUCCCCUGAAACGAUUACAGGAUUUAUAAAGAUAAAAAAAGGAAAAAACCACACACACGGUCCCAUGAUAUGGCAAAUAUAUGUUAAUCUAAGCGCAGUGCACGUGACUAGCAGCCUGAGUUUCAUUGUCAUGGCGUAAUUUGUAAUUUCUACUACAUAAUACUAAUUGUAUUUAGUACGUUUAUUUAUUAAUAAUAAUAAUUCAUAUCUGUGGCGUU